AUGGCACCGGUACGCAUUGCCGUCGAAGGUUGCGGCCAUGGCAGUCUGAACGACAUUUAUGAGACAGUGGAUCGCAAAGCCACUGAAAAAGGCUGGGACUCUGUUGAUCUUGUCAUCAUUGGUGGAGAUUUCCAGGCUCUGCGCAAUGCCAAUGAUGCGACUUGUCUUUCGGUUCCUGAUAAGUUCAAGCAGAUCGGUGAUUUUCAUGAGUACUACAGUGGUGCUCGCACUGCUCCAUAUCUUACAUUGUUCAUCGGGGGCAAUCAUGAGGCGAGCAAUCACCUUUCAGAGCUCUACUACGGCGGUUGGGUGGCCCCCAACAUCUACUUCAUGGGAGCUGCCAACAUCGUCCGCUUUGGACCUCUCCGAAUCUCCGGGAUGUCGGGGAUCUGGAAGGGCUACGACUAUCGGAAGGCCCACUAUGAACGAUUGCCAUACAACAGAGACGAUGUUUCUUCGAUCUACCACAUCCGUGAGCUGGAUGUCCGCAAGUUGCUGCAAGUGCGCACCCAGAUCGACAUUGGUCUGUCCCAUGAUUGGCCGAAAGGGAUUGAGAAGCUUGGAGACUAUGGUACUUUGUUUCGCAAGAAGUCAGGCUUUAAAGCUGAUUCCGAAUCUGGGAAGCUCGGAAGUUUCGCUGCACGCGAAGCUCUGAAUCAUUUGCGCCCUGCCUACUGGCUUUCAGCUCAUCUACAUGUGCGUUACACUGCAAAGGUGUCACAUAGUCCGCCUCGUGCAAAUAUCACUUCUUCGAGAACCCUCAAUCCUGCUGUUGCCCCCUCCAAUACAAAUGAUGCGGCUCCGGUUCCACGAAGCAAUCUCAACACCCGCACCCUCGCUGGCCACAAAUUGCUCGGUACUGCCACUGGAGACGAACAGUCACGCAUCAAGGCCUGGAAUGAAUUCGGAGAUAACGCCCGACGGACCGAGAAAGAGAAAAUGGACCAAGAUGAGUUAAUGCGUAUGAUCAGGGCGAGACAGCCGCAACCUGCGCGGAAUAUUACCUUCAAUGAAACAUCCAAGAUUGGAGGUGGUCCCAUUCGGAAAUUUGUACGUGGCGCCGAUGGAGAAAAAGUCGAAGCCGCCUUCAUCGACGGCGAGAACAUUGAAAUCCUCGACAAAGUCAGCCGGGGAAACAACCCCGUGAAUAACUCUGCUGAGGAGGUGGUUACCAGGCGGGAAUCUUCUCUGUUUGCUGAGACAACCGACGACAUCCAGACCACUAAGCAUGUCAAGACGAUCCAGCAUGCCAAAGUGACAGAUGAUGUCGCUGACAAUAUUGACAAGAUCAGCAUUUCUACUAGCCCCAGCAGCACCGCGAGCGUUAAAUCUCCUCCAGCCGAAAAAGCUCUUCCAAAAGCCGACAUCUCUCUGAAUUGGAGUGAUGACCGCUCUCCUGAUACUUGGUGGAGUGAUGGUGUGGAUGAUCAAAUUGGUGGAAUUGAAACCGAACUCCCAACCAGCAUCGCGCAGUCAUCUCUACCCAAGGCUGCCUCAAAUCCCUCAGAUUCCGAACACCUUCCAGGCCCCCAGGAGAUUAAGAAUCUUGUGACCCAAUUUCUGACCUUGGACAAACCACAUAACCAUGAUGACUUUGUUGAACUACUGGAGAUUGAGCCAAUCUCCGAACCAGACUCUUUCGCCGUGGAUUCUCCCAUGCGACUGAGGUACGACAAGGAGUGGCUGGCGAUUACUCGUGCAUUUGCUGAUGAGCUCGAAUUUGGCGGACAUCCCAAAGGCAGUGUCCCUGCCCACAAGGGGUAUGAAUAUUACCAACAGCGGAUCACUGAGGAGGAGGAAUGGGUACAGGAGAACGUCAUCAACCCUGGAUUGUUGGACAUUCCCACUGACUUCGUCCUGACUGCCCCCAUCUAUGACCCUGGUGUUUCAAUCAACACUCAUGAGCAGCCGAAGGAGUACACCAACCCGCAGACCUCUGCAUUCUGCAAUUUGAUUGGAAUUGAGAACAAGUUUGACAUGAGCGAGGAAGAACGUCAGGCUCGCAUGGAGGCCGGCCCACGCCCCGAUGAACCUCGUCAGUACUCCCAGAGCAACCGUGGCGGUCGUGGUGGACGCGGCCGUGGUGGACGUGGUCGUGGAGGUCGACGUGGUCCCGGGCGCGGUGGUUUCAGUGGUCGUGGCGGGUAUGCCAACUCAGGCCCCUCGACUCAGGGCACUGAUGCCUGGUAA